AAGCAUCCAGAACAACCACCUCACGGGAUCCUUCCCUGAGCCAUUAUUGAGCAACACAGGCCUCGAAACUUUGGAUUUGAGCAACAACAGUUUUACCGGGUUCAUACCAAACCAGCUGACCGAGCUUGUCAACCUGUGGGACAUUAAUCUGAGUGACAACAUGUUCCGGGGAUUUAUCCCACCUGGCCUCUUCCACCUCCCAUUGCUCAACUCACUGCAAGUGGCCAACAACUUCCUAUCGGGGGGGCUUCCAACGUCUCUCAAGGCCUCCAACUCUCUGAAAACACUUAACCUGGAAGGAAACGGCUUCACAGGGCAUUUACCUGACUUCUCUCACUGGCAUGUCAACCUCGAACGACUGGCUCUCAACCACAACAACUUCACAGGGCCCAUUCCCGACUCCAUCUCCACCCUCACCUCCCUCAAUAGCAUCAUCCUCAACAACAACCAGCUGAAUGACUCCAUUCCAUCUGCCAACUUCAGCAUGAGGAAUCUAGCUUCCCU